AUGUCAGAGUCAUACCCCAGGCCCCCGUUCCCAGGGGCCAUCCGUCAACUAGAAAUUGACAGGGCGCCUUCGAGUGCUUCGGCUAUCGAGACCCCGCGACCGCGCUCACUACAUCUGCUCGUCGCCUCCAAUGGCCUUAAAGAUGUGGCCUUCGCCGAGGCCAUCGCCGUCCGUCUCUCGAAAGAGUCGCAGAUUACCACACGAGCCAUCGUCGACGACAUGACACAAAGGCUGGCCUAUGAGAUCAUAGCAUAUCGGAAUCGAGGACUAAGGCGGGACGUCCCCGAUGGCCCCAACACCGACGAUAUCGAGUCCUCCCAACAACAGGCCGCCGAGCUAGUUGGGUGGGCCGACCUCCUCGUGCUUGCGCCCAUCGACGCCGACACACUCGCCAAGAUGAUGUGCGGGGUAUCCGAUACACUGCUGCUCGAGGUGCUGCGGAGCUGGGACGCCUCCAAGAGGAUCCUGAUGGUCCCCGGCAUGACCACCCAGAUGUGGGAGAACCCCGUCACCAAGCGCCAGAUGAGCAAGCUGCACCGCAAGUGGGGUUGGAUUCGAGUGAUGCCCCCGAUCCUCUGGAACUACGAUGACAAAUGUCCCUCCGCCGUUAAGCGCGUCGUGGAGUGGGAAGGCUUCCACGAAGUGAUCGGCAUCAUUAAGAACCAGGCCGACUUUCUCAAGCUCGGCCACGACAUGGAGAUCAGCGCCCAACCCAGCACGCCCCCUGCCAUGAAAGCCAAAGCCCGAAGCGCCCUCCCCCCCGAGAUCUGGACCAUGAUUUUCGAGCUCACCAACGACUGGGAACUGGCCACCUGCCUGGGCAUCUUCACCACCCUCGAGAUGCCCACCACGCUAGGCUGGCGCCGCGAGCCCAAGGACCCCAACGACCCGCUGCAGGUGUUCAUGCACUCGCUCGAGUGGACGCUGCUAACAGCCGACACCAAGGCCGUGUGCGACAAGCUCGCGCACGCGCCGCCCAGCUUCCACGACCUCUCGGCGCUGGCGGUGCACCUCAUCUUCAAAUUCUCCCUCACGGGCGUGCUCACCUACAUCGAGGCCAACCUACCCCACAUCUUCAAGUGCUUCGACGGCAAGACCAUCCCCACCAAGGCAUCCGCCUACUACGGGCGCACGGCGAUCCUGGACUGGUGGGCGCGGUCGCCGUCCUUCCUCGAGAAGCAGUACGACGUCGAGGCGCUCAACCGCGCGUCGCAGUGCGGCUUCGUGCCCGUGCUCGAGUGGUGGCGCCGGUCGGGCCUGCCGCUCAAGUACGACGAGCAGGCCUUCGAGAUGGCCUCGUCGCGCGGCCACGUCCACGUGCUCGAGUGGUGGCGCGAAGCCGGCAUGCAGGACCCCUCCAUCGUCGUCAAGCCCGGCCGCUCCCUGCUGGCGGCCGCCCAGUGGGGCCAGAUGGCCGUCAUGCGCUGGUGGGAGGAGAGCGGGAUCCCCAUCGGCCACCAGGAUGCCGUCUGUAAGAUGGCUACUCGCUGGGGGCAGGUGAAGGUGCUGGACCUGUGGCGCCAGCUGCGCGGGGAUGAUAAGCUACAGUUUGAUAACCAGAUCCUGAUCGAGGCGACAUAUCAUGCGCAUAUUCCGGUGCUGGAGUGGUGGCGGAAGUAUGCCCACGGGGAGCUGCCGGGCAUGGGCGGCAGGAAAGGGAACCGGGUCGAGUACAAGACGAUGGAUGUCGAGGAGGCGCUGGAGGAUUCGCUGGGGGACCAGACCAAGGUCCGGCGGUGGUGGGCCGAGAACGGCCUUAACCUGGGGCUCGGCACUAGCGAGUGGAUGAAGACGCGGUAUUUGUAA